AUGGUCCUGAAAGAUGGGAUCAGGUUGCACCCUCAGCCGACCAGCGACCCGCUGGAUCCCUUGAACUGGACGAGCUUGAAGAAGCAUGCCAUCCUGGCUGUGGUCAUGGCCCUGUACUUUAUGUUCACCUACAUCACAACCACAACAGUUCCUGCCUUCCCAGAGUUGCAGGAACAGUACGGCCUCUCCAUCGCGCAGGUGAACUGGACCGUCGCCAUCCCUGCGCUCGGUCUCGCAGUAGGUCCGCUUAUAUGGUCCUCACUCGCAGACAUAUAUGGCCGGCGCGUCGUUUUCAUUGUGGGCACAGUAAUUGCUCUUGCUUCCACAGUGGGCGCGGCAUUAGCCCCAACCUACAGCGGAUACAUGGCCGCAAGGUUCUUCCAAGGCUUGGGUGUCAGUCCGGCGUCAACGGUCGGUCUCGCAAUUAUCAACGACUGCUUCUUCGAGUACCAGCGAGGCGCGAAGAUCGGCCUGUGGGUUCUGGCCAUCGAUCUCGGUCUGCUGAUUGGUCCUCUCAUCGGUGGCUUCAUUGACCUGGUGUCGUCCGCCUGGAUCCAGUGGCUGACCGCAAUCUUCUUCGGAGUGAUCCUUAUCGCCGAGGUCUUCUUCAUGCCAGAGACACUGUAUCCGCGCAACACUAUGCUCACGCGCAUGCCGUACACCGUCGGCAACGUCGCCGUCGCGGACAUCGAGAAGACGGAUCCCCUGCCCAGCGUAGCCUCGGACACUGACCUCCCGCGCACAACGGAGCUGCCGUACAUUAACUUCAAGCCUGUGCCAGGUAUGCGCCACCCGAAGCCUUGGGACUCGCUCGUCCGCUUCUUCCUUACGUUCAGGUUCACCGUCGUCACCGCUGCGAUUGGGAUCUACUGCGUCGGAUGGUACUGGUGGAUCCUGUCCGUCAUCACUUUCCUGCCCGUCGCAUAUAUCCAGUAUACGCCGCAGCAGCAGGGUCUGCUGUUCAUCGGCCUCAUCCUCGGGACAUUGGUUGCGGAAUUCGCCAUGUCUGGGGCGCUGAGCGACAAGAUCAUAAUGCGGCUGAGCAAGAAGAACAGCGGCAUUCGCGUGGCGGAGAUGAGGCUUUGGCUUGCGUAUCCGGCUGCGCUUCUGAGUGCUAUCGGGCUCAUCGUCUGGGGCAUCUCCGUCGACCGCGCUUGGCACUGGAUGGUCGGUCAAGUCGCCUUCUUCCUCUUCGCCGCCGGCAUCCAAACGGGCAACACCGUCGUCGCCGCCUACGUUGUCGACUGCUACCCGCUGCAAUCCAUGUCCAUGAUCACCUUCUAUGCCGUCCUGCUCAACUUCUCCGCCUUCGUCAACCCCUUCUUCAUCGCGCCCUGGAUCGAGGCCAGCGGCUUCACCUGGACUUUCGCUGCGCAGGGCAUCAUCACGUUCGCCUUCUCGGUCCCGGCGCUUGCGGCUGUGCACUACUGGGGCCCAGCGCUAAGGGCGAGGAAUGGGACUCCGAACUGGGUCAACCCGGAGUUCGAUACUAUAAUCUAG